GUCACUAGGGUCUACAUAGAAAUAAUAAAAGAGAGGGAAAAAAAAGUUCAUGUUUUCUAUUUAUUUCCUUUCUUUCUUUCUUUUUAUCAUUAUUUGUAUAAAAAAAAAUGCCAGCAAUUACAGGUAGAAUUAUGUUGUCUCUCUUAUUACGUAGACCGUAUAACUGCAAUAAACCAAUUACUUCAAAGAUAUUUGCUAGUCAGUAUAAAAGUUUAGCUUAUUAUACAACCCUAUCUUUACCGAGGAAACUAUCUGCAGUACCUGAACCAACAGCAUCUAGUUCGUCUCGUACAAUAGCAAGUCAUGAUUCAACAAGAGCUGAAGAGAUUAAGGAUGCAAAAUUAAUCUUUAAUCAAGCAUGGAAAAAUAUCGAGAAUCACUAUGGAAAAGAAAAUAUUCAUUUACCCAGAGAAUUUAUAUUUUUAAUGGGAGCACCUGGAUCUGGAAAAGGCACCCAUACCAACUCUAUAUUACGUGCACGUGGUAUUACUAACUCUCCUAUUACCGUCUCCCAAUUACUUCAAACACCUGAAUGUAAAGAGUUAAUAAAUCAAGGUCAAAUGAUAUCUGAUCGAUACCAUUGAAAUUAUUAUAUGAUCGUAUGACAGAACUGAGACGCGAGUUCUGGAACACAGACAAAAAGGAUCAAUUUCCGUAAUAUAUAUAUAUACAUAUUUAUAUAGUAAAUUAAUGUUAAACUUAUUAUCUCUAUUUAGUCGACCUGUAUUUCGUAUUUGUGUACUUUAUGUUGAUGAAGAGAUUUCAGUUCAAAGACAAAUAGCAAGAGGUAAAAUGAUUCGUGAACAUAACAUGAAUGUAAAGAAAACUGGGCAAGGUG